AUGCAAUACUUUGCUGCCUUCACCGUCGCCCUCUCCUUCGCCCUCUCCGCCUCUUCCCUCGCUGUCCCCCGCGCUACUCCCCCUGCCGGCUGGGACACUCCUCUCUUGGAGGCAACUCAGUCCCUCACCAAAGACCGCCCAGCUCAGUGCAAUCCCGCCGCUGACGACGACGACGACCUCCCUUUCUGCGAUGACGAUGACGAUGACGAUAACGAUUCCCACUCCUCCCCGGCAAAAGUAGUUGCCCCAGCGACAUCACAUGCUGCUGCUCCCGCUCCAGUGACCACACACGCUGCCGCUACCACCCCACCUCCCGCCCCCAAGGUCACUACUUCUGCCAAACCUGCCGCUAAGCCCGCUGCGACCCCUUCGACAAACGCUGCCUCUUCUUCUGUCAACACCGGCGGAGUUGCCACUUUCUUCUACCAGAAUGGCGUUGCCGGUGCUUGCGGCACUGUUCACCCAGACAGCGCCAUGAUUGCUGCCAUCGAUCAAGCCCGUUAUGGCAACAGUGGUGCCAAGUCCAGUCUCUGUGGUAAACAGGUCAAGAUCACAAACACCAAAAACCAGAAGACUGUCACCGUUACUAUUGCUGAUGAUUGCCCGACCUGCAUCAACAGCAACUCCAUUGACCUGUCAGUGGCUGCCUUCCAACAAAUUGCCACCCUCGAGCAAGGCGAGGUCCCUAUCACCUGGCAAUUCCUAUAG